AUGCGCGUUCCUAUCGCCGUGCAGCUCGGGCUGCUAGUCCUGCUGACAACCGUUGUUGGAAUUGCUGUCCUCGCCGUUGCAACAUGGACCACAACGUACGACUUUGUCGUGAAUGUCAAAGCCGAAAGCCUCGAGCUUGUCGCGACCAUCAAAGCCAGCCAGAUCGCCUCCAAUUUAGAUCUCCUCGAAGUCACCAGCAAAACCAUAUCCACACGCCUUUUAGUCCAGUCAGCCCUCAAUCGUUAUUACAACGGAAAUACUUCCACGAACAACUGGGUGAAUUCGAUAGCGGACGUUCAAUCGGCACUGGGGAGCCGAGGCUACCUUGAUCUUUACCAAGCAGUCCUCUUCGCGAGGAGCGGGGAGGUGGCGAAGGAGAGGCUGCUCAGCGUGACCAGUGAGACGGUUCCCGACAUUGUUCUUCCCUAUACCUACGCCAAUGGCAGUGAGGUGCUCUUGGGAUCAGAUGGCGCGGGCUACCCGCCGUCGCUAUACCCAAACCUCACGUACACGACCUCGGCCAGCGACGACUCAGUCACCGUGCAUGCCUUCCCCGACUAUCCACUCGGACUGAAAUCCGCCUUACUUCUUGGGCCACUGAGAAUCAACAACUCGUUCUCCCUUGUUUCCUUGACUCUACCCAUUGUCAACAAUACGUCGGACACCGAUUUGCUUGGUUUCAUGACCAUUGUUGCUAGUGCGGCAAAUGUCCAGGACGUUAUUACAUCUCGCGAUGGUCUUGGGAACACGGGGCAAGUUCUUCUGAUCGGUCCUUCCCGCGCGGAAAAUACAUUUGCUUUUUCGGCCCAGCCUGCUACAGCCACCUCGGCCCCGAAAGCUGCAGGGCUUGCAGAUGCAGAGGUUCACUAUGUGUUCGAGCCCACACCUUUGCCAGGACAGAGUGGUCGGCACAGUGGGCUCACCACCGACUCUUCAUGGCAGCUUUCUAGGUACAAAAUGGCGUUGAAGCUGAUGCUUGAGCCUUUUGAAAACGAGAACAAAUCUAUUAGUGAGCUUUCGACCACCAAUGAAAAGGGAUACAGUGUUGCAGUGGGUGCCGUUAGGCCCGAUAGUUCCUUGGUUCAAUGGAUUCUUAUCGUGGAAGAGACACACCAGGAGGCGUUCAGUCCAGUUACUCGGCUCCGGAAGAUUAUCCUUGCUUGUGUCUUUGGAACAGCAGGGUUGGUCAUUCUAAUGGUGCCUAUAUUGACGCAUUUCGCGGUUGCUCCGAUCCGCAGACUACGAGCCGCAGCUCAAAAGUCAGUGAAACCAGAGAUCCCCGUUCAGCCAUUUCUUUCCCGGCCCGACAGACGUGAUUCUCAUACUACAGAAGAUAUCGGAGGUGUUUCGGAAUCGAUGGAGGAACAAGUCAACGAAAAGGGUGGACCUGCCAUGUGGGCGAAGCGUCUUCGGGCUCCGCUUGAAAGACUUAACAGCUCAGCCAACCUUCGCGACCAGGGCAGGCCUCGCCUGUUCCAAAUUCCCGGAAGAGUCAAGGAACGCAAUCACUGUGUGACAGACGAACUGACGGAACUUACAAAAACAUUCAAUGAAAUGUCGGAUGAGCUGACUAUUCAAUACACACGAUUGGAAGAGCGGGUCGCCGAGAGAACCCGGGAGCUCGAGAAAGCAAAACUGGCUGCAGAAACAGCCAACGAAAGCAAAACUUUGUUCAUCGCCAACAUCUCGCACGAGCUCAAGACGCCCUUGAAUGGAAUCCUCGGCAUGUGUGCUGUGUGCAUGGGAGAAGAUGAUCUUUCUCGCAUAAAGAAAUCGCUUCAGGUUGUCUACCAGUCUGGAGAUCUUCUUCUCCAUCUGCUCAAUGAUUUGUUGACAUUCAGCAAGAAUCAGAUUGAACAAGCCAUUCAGCUGGAGGAGAAAGAGUUCAAAAUUUCCGAUAUCCGAUCUCAGAUUGCAAUCAUCUUCCAAAACCAGGUCCACGAGAAACAAAUCGAUUUCAGUGUAAAUUGUAUUUCCGUGGACAAUUCGCAGCUCGCCAACGCCACCUUGUGCCUAGAUGAAGGUGCUGAGGGAACAACUUCGGUUUCUCACCCUGAAAAUGGGAAUCUCAUGAAUAUGGUGCUCUGGGGAGAUCAGCACCGAAUUCUUCAGGUGCUUAUCAACCUAGUCAGCAAUAGCCUCAAGUUUACACCCGAAAACGGAAGAGUUCAGGUUCGUAUUCGAUGUGUCGAAGAUGAUUCUGGAUCUGCAGCCCCUACAACCGCAAGGCGAAUUUCGCGCUUCCAGGCGCUUAACCGACUAAACACCCGGAGCUCCGCCGAAACUACUGCAGAGCCCAGGGAAAGCUUAUCGGAUGGAAGACAACUGAUGUUCUAUUUCGAGGUGGAAGACAACGGGCCCGGCAUCCCUGCGCACUUGCAUCGGCGUAUCUUUGACCCUUUCGUGCAAGGAGACUUGGGAUUGAAUCGCAAAUAUGGCGGCACUGGCCUGGGUCUGAGUAUUUGCGCUCAGUUGUCUCGAAUUAUGGGCGGUGCCAUUGUUCUGGAUAGCGAAGAAGGCAGAGGUUCCACUUUCACGUUGCGUAUUCCGUUGAAAUUCGUCAAGCAGGCGCCUCCUAGUACCUUUGUUUCAAGUUCCCCGGGAUCAAGAACUCCGAGUGUCUUGUCCUUGGAGGAUCUGUCUCAUGCUGCAAGGACCCCAUCUAAUCAUGGGUCUCUCAGGGGUGAGCAAGUUGCCCCUGGGUUUGAAAAAUCGGACAUUCAACCGCGACUUGUUGGUCUGAGCCAGCCAUUCUUUACCCCAACGAUCCCUUCAUCGCCCUCGUCAACUCCUUCAAAACAUAUUACGCCAAAUAAUGGUCAGCCCCAGGAGGAUGAAUCUAAGAAGGUCCGCGUCUUGGUGGCCGAGGACAACUCUGUCAACCAAGAAGUGGUUCGACGAAUGCUUGCUCUUGAAGAAGUCUAUAACGUGACAAUGGUCAAGGAUGGCCAGGAAGCAUACGACACUGUCAAGUCUAGCAUGGAGAAGGGCCAAGUCUUUGACCUUAUAUUCAUGGAUAUUCAGAUGCCAAACCUUGAUGGCCUUCAAAGUACACGACUUAUUCGAGAGAUGGGGUACUCGGCACCGAUCGUCGCACUUAGUGCCUUCGCAGAAGAGAGUAACAUCAAAGACUGCAUGGACUCCGGAAUGGACAUGUUUAUCAGCAAACCCAUCCGACGACCUGCUUUGAAACAAGUGCUGAACAAAUUUGCGACCAUUCCAGAGGAAUCUGAGACCGGGCCAUGCGAGUAG